GGAGGAUGGGCCGGGCUUCCCUAUUGGACAGCAGUGGAGAGGCAGUGAAAGAAGGAGGAGGAAUUAAAGGGACAGGGGGCGUUUAUUGAGGCCUGCAUUUAUUUGAAGGGAAGCUGGUCCUGAACACGGGUCUCCAGCAGAGAAUCAAAGUCUCCCUCUUGAUGACUGUGUCUUGCACUCUCACCCAAAUCAAGGGUUCCAGAUAUGAUGGAAGAAAAGAAGCGGAAAGUCCAGAAUUCUCCAGAAGACUGCUCAGGACGUCACGGCCUGAAGCGAGUGAUGAAAGAAGAAGAGGAGCCUUUGGAACUGAUUCAUCAGGUUUCAGAGAUAAAUGAUCCCUCUCCAACUGACCAUUCAGUGAAAAUAGAAGAAGGUGAAGCAGAGGUCCAUCCAUCUCAGGAGAUCAGGACAGUUGAAGCUUCCUGCCCUGAGCGAAAUCUUGCUGAUGCGUCACUCUCAACACCAGAAAGUUUCCAGGUGAAUUCUGUCGAAGCACUUCAGCAGACUCCUUUCUGGAGGCGGUCUUUAGCUGACCAGUUGCAAGUCAUAGAGAUGGGACCGGAGAGGCCUCCUCUGAUGCUGCAGCAAUCUGGUUGCGACAGAGGGAAAGAGUACACCCGGAGGUUCAGCGCAAAGUGGUACGACAGAAAGGAGUGGCUGUGUGGAAGUGCCGCAAAAGAUGCGCUCUUCUGCUUUCCUUGUUUGCUCUCAGUGGGCGGCACGACGUGGACUCAGACCGGAGUCAGGGACUUAAAGCAUCUGGCCGACAAGAUCAAGAAGCACGAAGAAUCCAAGAGCCACAUGGACAAUUGUGUGAAGCUUGCCAAGUUAAGUAAAAACAGUGUGGUGCAGCUUGGUGAAGACGACCUUGCAUCUAUUAAAAAGCACAACCAAGAAGUUGAAAACAAUAGAUACAAAAUUUGGGUCGUUGUUGAAAGCAUAUCAAAUAUCAUUGAUAGCAUUCCAUUCUGCGAUGCUUUUGAACUGGGGCUUUCCGAUCAGGAUGAGACGGAGGAUUCAAUGAACUUGGACAUGUUUGGGGGGCAGCUGAAUCCUGUGGCACCCAUCGACUUGGUCAUGGAACUUCACAUGCAGAAUUCCUCUGUGUUGAGAGAUCUGUCAAAGACAACUCAGAAUGAAGUACUUGACUGUAUGUCAAAAGUGGUAAAGGAUUAUAUUAAACAGCAGGUGAAAAGUGCUCAUUUUGUGGCCAUGGAAGUAGCUCACAUAAGUGUCUCCAGCCACUCCCAAAUGGCACUGACCUUCCGAUACAUCAAUGAACACAGUUCAUUGGUGGAAUGCUUUUAUGCUGUCGCUGAACUGGAAGACCAUCGGGCUGAAAACAUGGCUGCCUUUUUGCUCCAGCAGCUGGAAGAUGUGUUUCCAGAAGCAAAAGAGAAGCAGAAACUUAUUGCCCAGAGCUAUGAUGGGUUAAGCAUGGCGCACGGUGACCAUAUAAGAGUGCAGAAUAAGAUUCAGGAAGUAUUCCCUCAUGCCCAGUAUGUUCACUCCAGUGCCCAUCAACUCAACGUGGUGAUGCAACAAGUCGCAUCUCAAAUCCAGGAAGUGGGAAGUUUCUUUGCGAAUCUUUCCAAGAUCCCAGAGUUCUUUGCAUCCGAUGCAAAAGCAAAGGAGGUUUUGGAGACUAUUCUAGGACUCCAACAUUCCAGAUCAACUCAAACCAACUGGAACCUUAACAUCCAAACAGCAAAUUACGUGUUUGAAAAGAGGCUGGAACUCAUUGAAUGCUUUCUUGAAAUCAAAAGGACUUGGAAGUCCGACGACCCUGCAGUCCAGAUGGCUGACCAGAUCCUCCAGUUGCUGGAAAAAGAUGGCGAGUUCCUCUACUUUUUGUCCCUGUUCCACAGGAUAAUGCCUCAAGUGGAUGCCUUCCGCAGGCAGCUCUGGGUUUCAGGGAUGGGCCCUGUAGCGGUCAAAAAAGCUGCCUCAAACUUUGUGAGCACAAUUGGUUCUGUCGGUGAUUCCAUUGGAAGCUUGUUCUCCAAGUUGCCUUCAGAAUCCGUGCUGCCCAAAGGCAAAACAAAGGAAACCCUGGACCAAAUGGCAUCAGAAGCCUGCAAUGUUAUCAUCGCACAUGCCAAAGAACGUUUUGCAUUCACCACUCACCUACUGGGUGCAACACUAGUCCAGGGGACUUUGUUUUGGGCACACAAUAGGACAUUUCCACAGGCGGCUUUGGAUCAAACGGUUGAGGCCUACCCAAUGCUGGAGAAAGAGAGACUAAAGACGGAGCUUGGCGUCUUGUACAAAAUGAAAGAACUCUAUAGCUGCACAAGCCUUUCAACACUUUUGUGUGUGCUCAUAGACACACCCUUAGAGCAAACACGGACAUUGCUGAGGAUCGCCAUCACCACCCCCAAAAUGGUGGUAGAAGCAGAACAGACGCCGUCAGCGCUGAAGAGGGUCAAGGCUCUCCUGCGCAACACGGCAUCUCAGGACAGACUCAGUGCUUUGGCCACCCUGUUCAUUGAAAAAGAGAAGAUCAAAAACAUCCCGGACUUCAAUAACAAAACAAUCGAACUGUUUGCUAGGCAGGGAGAACACCAUGCAGACUACAUGUACAAAUAAGGAGCAGGGUUGAUUUUCCAGAAACUGCUUUUCAGAAUUGAGGCUGUUAAGCAAAUAAAUAUGCUGAUAAACUGCCUUUCAGAGGGAUGAGAGUCAAACUCCAGACAGGAAUGAGUGGUCGGGAUUGGGUUACAAGUUCUGGAGAUUUUUACUUCCAGUUGUCAAGUCAUCAUAGUUCAGCUUUUCUGGGCUAAUGUUUUAGAGUACAGUGGGCCCUUGUUAUCAAUUGGGAUUUGAUUCUAGGGACCCUUCCACACAGCCAUAUAAUCCAGAAUAUCGAGGCAGAAAAUCCCACAAUAUCUGCUUUGAACUGGGUUAUCUGAGUCCACACUGCUAUAUAUUCUAGUUCAAGUCAGAUAUUGUGGGAUUUCCUGCCUUGAUAUUCUGAGUUAUAUGGCUGUGUGGAAGGGCCCUUAGGGAUCUAGCAAUCUCACGUCAAAAUGUUCUGUGUCAUAUGCUGGGUCUGAAGAUAUUUUGAGGUCAGGAUUAUGUUUCAAUAGAUCAGAGAUCAUCACAUUACACUGUGAAAGAAUUGCUAUUCCACCCAAAAUAAUCCAUGAAAAAUGAAGACUUGGGGUCCUUCCACACAGCCGUAUAACCCAGAAUAUCAAGGCAGAAAAUCCCACAAUAUCUGCUUUGAACUGGGUUAUCGGAGUCCACACUGCCAUAUAUUCCAGUUCAAAGCAGGCAAUAUGGGAUUUUAUUCAGAUGUGUGGAAAGGGCCUUGGACUGACACACACGCACAGAGACCUUUAAAUAAAAGGGGAUUUUUGGGGAGGGGGGCAUUUUAAAUGUGGAUAAUUGAGUCUGUGGAUGAGAAGGGCUGACGACACAGCUCCCAUAAACCCAUUCUCCCAAGUUGGCUUGGGAAAGCUGAUGUAGUUUCUGAAUGCUUUUAUCUGUAGUCAUAAUUGGUGAGAGGCCAUAUCUCAUGCUCCUUCAUCUCUUGAGAGUGAGCACUCUGGGAACCCCAGUCAGGAAGCAAGCGUGGUAUCUUUAGCAUAUCCCAACCCUCAUCCGCAUAGCAGUAACAGUGACCUCUGGCAAAACACAGACAUUAUCACAGGUUUCUACUUCUGAUCAGUCUCCAUUUUAUUGCCAUUCAUUUUAAAAAAUAGAAUGGAAAGUAUGUGAAAAUAUAGUUGGAACAACAAGUAAGGUGCUAUGUACAUUGGCCCUCUUUGCCAUUUUGAAUAUAGUAGAAAGACGGCUUAACAAAUAGACUGAUUACUGCAAUUGGAGAUUUAUCAGGGUGAAUUUACAGACUUGUUAUAAUAUUCUCAUAUGAGCAAGUUGCAUGUGUUUUUGUCCUUGAAAAUAAUAAAAAUAAAAUGAUUUUUAAAA